AUGGAGCUCGUUGAUCGCAAACAAGAUGUUACGAGGGAUACCAGCGACCGCUCUGCGCAGUCCAGGCAACGAACUCGGCGCCCCAACCUCCCUCUAAACGAGCACUACAACGAACCAGUGCGCAACCAUGUGUGGCGCAGCAGGCGACGGACCUGGACGCGCGCACAGCUGGACCGUGAGCGCGCAGAGUUCUUCGAGACGCGCGUUACCGGCAGGCCGGAGAUAUGGGCCGCUGUUUCGACGGUGGCUUCGCUGAUUCGUAGCGGUGACUUGGUCACUGCGCAGGGCAUUAUCGAUGCUGCGGGGAUUACUGUUCCCACUGGGGAUCUUUGUGAGGGGUGCUAUGAUGAGCAGGGCGUACUUUACAAGGUUCCGCAGUGUGUUGUUAGUGAUCCGGAGAAUAUGGUUCCUUCGUCUUCGCGGAUAGGUAGUGAAGAUGGUGGUCCUGUUGGAUAUGAGGAAGAGGAGCACGAUUCUGGAGCACUCUCGGAUGGUAAGCUCGCUACGGAUGAUGCUUCCGGGGACGAGUUGAUUUCCCAGGAUGUUGAACGUCGCCGUGAGGAGAAGGGGAAGACGAGUGAGCGGGAUUUGAUCCGUGUGCGUGCGCGCUUGAGUGAUCGUGGAGGUCCGGAUAUCCUGAUUUCUAUUGGUAAGGGUCAGACUGUGGGAUUUCUGGCCAGAAAGGUGCACCACGAAGCCAAGCUCAAGAAUGAUAGUCGCGUUCGAAUCGCUUACCUAGGUCACUUGCUAAAUGAACGUGAACCCCUCGUUGAUCAAGGGUGGAAGACUGGCCAUGUUGUCAAUGCUUUGGUCGUUUCCCUUGUUCAUGAUCUAGACCUUAAACGCUGA